CUCAAAACCUUACAUAUGGCACUGAAAUUGUGGCCAAAGGUAGGAAAUUUUCACAAUGGGGAAUUGCUCUUCUCUCAAAGGAACCUCUGGGGAGUGUCCUAAAUCUAUCAGGGUUCUUACGGAUUCUGGGGUAGUCUUACAAUUCAAGGGCCCUAAACUAGCUUCUGAAAUCCUCACUGAUUUUCCAGGGCAUGGCAUUUUCCAACAGGGCAAGGCCUCAUUGCCAUUGCCUGAGCAAGAGCUUCUAGUGAGUGGCCAAUACUUCCUUCUUCCACUGAGGGAAGAAGAUCAGUUGGUUUGUGAGAAUGGGGUCAUUGAGAAACCGGAGGGGGCUGCUGCCGAAGCUGAGCCUGUGAAGAAGUCAUUUGGUGCAGGAUCAGAUUUUGUUGAGAAUUUGGCAAAUGGGUCAUCUGCUCUUGAGGUCCUGCCUUCUGGUGGCGAUGGGGUUUGGAGAGUGAAGCUGGUUAUUGACACUAAGCAAUUGGAGGAGAUUUUGUCUGAACAAGGCAUCACAGAGGCUCUGAUUGAGACAAUGAGGAUGGCUGCAACUGCAACUGCAGGCUUGCCAAGCACUCCAAGGCAGACAAAGAGAGGGGCUUGGACUUGGAAGCCUAUGUUCUCCAACUUGUUUAAGUUGCCCACUGAUCAUGGGAUAUAAGCCUAUCUUCUCCAUCUUUGAAGGGUUUUUUGUUUUUUGUUUUUUUUUUUCCUAAAUUAAAAAAAAAAAGGGUUACUAUUUACUAGGUGGUUUGUGGUGACAUGAAACAUCAUGUUUCUCUCUCUGUCCCAGUGUCUGAGGUUUUAGUUAGAUUAUAUAGUGAACUAUGUUUUAGUAUUUUGUACAUAUGAUGAAGGCGAGGGAUUU